CUUUUUUUUAUGGCCGCGGACAAAUUAGAAGUGCCGACAAUAAAAAAAAAUUAAUGUGGCUUGAAAGGGGAAGUGUCCUCCCUAUCUAUCGUGGAUACCCUUUACACACAGCUCGCACUGUAGAGAUAAAAAGUGAGCAGAGUUUUUCGCUUUGACCGCCAUUGGUAUCGUUGCUUUCCCCUCUCACAAGAAAAGCCGAAACAAAGUGAGUUGAACAUAGAUUAAAAAAAAGGAAGAGAACAGUGAUUACCUGCGGCUGCCACAACUUCCAUUCCCUUCGCUGCCGUCCAUUUCAAAUUGACGUGUGUCUGUUCACAUUGCCCCUUUUUGCUUCUCAUUUAUGGAGCUAGCAAUGGAGUAAUCAUUUACAGAGUCGUCGCCGUCAAUUUUUCUCGACUUCAAAACUUGCUGGUGCAAAUGGCGAGAGAAUGUGCUGACUGAGCUAGUGUUUGAUCAGCUCGGAGUUUGGUCGCGGAGCUGAGCUUCGUUGUGUUUAUCUCCGACCACAAUUUGCUGAAAUUUGUCAGUUUAUUCGCCAAUACUUCAAUUUAUGGAGCCAAAUAUUGAAGCGGUUCCACUUCAAUUUAGAUCCGGAAUAUCCGGAGCGAAAACUGGGGGGAUCGGGUUCGUUUUCGACGACAUCCGCGGCCUGAUCCCCAACCUGCAGGAAACGGACGGCACGUCUUUCACGGCGCUUCUCGAGCUAUCGGCGCCGCAAGCUGUGGAGCUCCUGGUCAAGGAGGAUUCGCCGGCGAAAACCAUGCCGCUGCCGAUUUUUCCUUCCAAUAUUGCCCUAAUUGACCGUGCCUCGGUGUUUUCCGUAUUUGCUUCAGCCGAUAAUCCACCGGAUAGAACGAACAUUUUGUCGGUUUCGAGCUCAAUGAAGGUCGAUUCGGUGAAGGAAGAGCCGUUGGAGUCAGAGUAUCACCGGAAUUCUUCUUCGCCGGCGGUUUCAAAUCAGAGCUUGAAGUCCAUCAAGCGAAAGGAGAGGGAGAAAAAGGUGAAAAAAUCAAGCAAAAAAGUGGUAGCAAAUGAAGCGUCUGAUGGCAGUGGCGAGCAGCUGCCGUACGUUCAUGUCAGAGCUCGCCGUGGCCAGGCCACUGGCAGUCAUAGCUUAGCUGAAAGAGCCCGGAGAGAGAAAAUCAAUGCGAGAAUGAAGCUGUUACAGGACCUGGUCCCAGGGUGUAACAAGAUUUCAGGUACUGCAAUGGUGCUUGAUGAGAUAAUAAAUCAUGUGCAAGCUCUUCAACGCCAAGUGGAGUUUUUAUCCAUGAGACUUGCUGCUGUUAACCCAAGCCUCUUAGCCAUAGAUAGCGAAUCCUCCAUUGAUAACAGCUACCUGGGCAUGUUUCCGCCAUCCAUUUGGCCGGAGGGGCAAAUGAACGGCAGCAGACAGCAACAGCCAUGGCUCACCGAUGGACUUCACCCGUACGACACCUCUAACUUCAUUACCCCGGAGAACUCACUGCUAAGCUACGAUUCUCCUGCAAAUUCAGCCUCGAGCCAGCUGAAAAUGGAGCUUUGAAGCAAAAUACUCUGUGGUCGCUCAUCAUUGUAGCUAGCUUUGUAUAUACGAGAUAUAGCCUUAGGUGAAGAUGAGGCAGGACUCUCCUAGGUAUUGAGGUUGGAUCUCAAAUAUAUGUUAUAUUAUUGAUUAGGGGAGUGUUCAUAUCCAUAACUGAAAUUAUAUAAUCAAAGCAAAUCACAAUCAUUGUAUCUUGUGAUGUAACCGUUAGAUUAAUGUCACGUGUCAUCUAAUAAUGUAGAUUGUGCAGUCUAACAA